AUGUCUCUCGUGCAGAAUGUCUGUGUCUCUGGAAUUGUCUACUACUGGGAUGAAGCCUGGGACUUCGCCUUGCAUAACGGCGCUACGGAGAAGCAGAUGGAAUCCGUGGGGAUUGGCGAGACUCUAAACAGCCUAUUCGAGAGGAAGAGGUUCAACACGCGAUGCGUCACGAUACACCCUUCUGAGCGUUGGCCCGAGACACGAUACUGUAUCGUCACCGACUUCGCAGUGCUUCCCUGCAACUGGGGAAAUCGGCGUGCUCCGCGGAUGCAGAUCACCGAGUGGACGAAGCGCGUCUGCAAAGCUCUGCUCCCUAGUAGCCAUUAUCUGGACUGCGGCUCCCGUAUGCGCCAGGUCGUAGUUAGGGAUGACGAUAUCCCUCCCUUUGUGCACCACUUGUUCCAGCGGCAGCUCGCGGGCGAGCGCAUCGCCAGUCUUUCGCCCGACCAGACCGACUACAGCCUGUUCAGGAAUGAACGUGCUAAGGUCGCAGCCUCGGUGGAGGCGGCGCGCACUCAAGCGACGCCGAAGCCCAAGACCCACUCGCCGCGCCGGUACUUGAAGGAGAUUGCUGAUUCGCGCCCGACGUCACCCUGCCCGAUAAACGACCGCCCUCCCAGACCCACCAGGAAGCGCACUCGGAAGGCUAAGAACCCGAAGAAGCCCAGCAGCAACUCGUCUGACUCAGAUGCGGAUGUCGAGUCUGGGGCACCGCCUGAGCGACCCUCUCCUUGUCGCCACCGCUUUCGACUGCUUUCGCCACCCGCUACUUUUGUCCACACAUCGCAUCGCAUCUUAUCAGUUUUCGUUCUGCUCUGCCCCCAGCAUAUCUUUUUGCAUUGUACAUAG